UUUGUAAAAUGCAUCAAUAAUGUCUUGUGCUAACUGUAAACAAAACUUCCCUAAGAAAUCAGGAGGGUAUCAUCGCUAUUCUUCGAAUAUAAAAUGUGUUGGAUCAGAUAUAACUGUUUUUGAAGCUUUGGAAAAGGUUACUGGAGUAACUUUUGAAGACUAUACCGAAGAUGAAGCAGAAGCAGAAACAGAAACAAGUAAUGAAAAUGUUGAGGAGUACCCAGUACAAGAAGAAGCAAGUUCAAGUAGCCAGAAAAAUAAGGAAAAGUUAGCUGUGCAAAAUGAACCUGGACCAAGUAAUAAAAAGAAGAAGGUUAAGUUAAAUGCGCAAAGUAAAGCAAAACAAAGUAGUCUAAAAAAGCCAGUAGAGUCUGUUGUACAGAAUGAAUCAAGACACAGUAGUCGGAAAAGGCAUGUAGAAAAUUCGAUGGAAAGUGAAUCAAAACCUAGCACUCGAAAAAAGAAAGUUCAAUAUUCUUUACAAAGUGAAUCAAAAUCAUGCAGUCAGAAAAAGCAGAUUGAUAGUACAGUACAAAAUGAAAAAGAAAAAAGAAAGAAACCGUUGUAUUUCUUGUGCAACCGCUGUUACGUGCAUCUGUCAGAUUGUAUGAGACACGAGAAAGCAAUUGCAGAUUUUUGGGGACGACACCAGGAAGACUCGUAUAUUGGUGAGAGACGUGGGGUUUAUGCUGCUGAAUUACAUUACCAUAACGACCAUUCCUACGCUUCCAAAGAAGGACAAUUGCAUAGGAAUAUGCCUCCCAUUAAUGACUUGAGGGCUCCAAAUUAUGAGGCCAAGAGACCUAAAUAUACAGGCUCCAUUAAAAAGAAUCAUCUGAAUAACAGAAGCAAAAACCCUUGGCAAAUCAGAGUGAACAAAAACAAUAAAUGGGACACACUUGUCACUGCCAUCAGAGCGAGGCAGUACCGACGCGCUGCUAAAAAAUUUUACUCUGCCACGAAAGGAUCUCGCAAGGGGUUCUUAACAGUUGUCGGCAUAAUUGCAAGGCGAGAAAUUCGAAAAUUGUUUGAAGAGGAAACAAAGUUCUCAUUGUGUUCAGUUACAGAUUUUCCAAAUACAAAAGAUUUUUGGGAUAAGACUCUGGAUCAGUUGAAAACAGAAGCACCACUUCUGUACACUGUUCUCUGUUCAAGUGUAACGUCACGUAUAACGGAGGCCACUCUGUUGCGAGGAAGUACAUGUUUAAAGCCACAGCUUGGGGUAACACUUACAUGUCUGAUGCAUACUCGUGCACCACGAAAAUUGAAUUCCAUAGCUAAGUAUUUGUGCAUUAACUUUUGGCGAAAACGACUGAGAGGUGAACUUGAAAGGAAGACUGUUGCUGGAAAUCGCAGUCUUUGUGAUGUCUACCCAAGGCAAGAAAUAGUCAAAAUCAGUAAAGAUUUUCAAAGAGCUGAAAAAAUUACUCAGAAACAUUUGGAGGAAGAAGUUAUUGACAACAGAAGGUGCAUAGAAAACGAGGCUGCUAUGGAAGUUGAAGAUUUUGAUUUUGAUAAUGAAGACGUUGUACGUUAUCACAAGAUGGCAGCUUUAACGGAAGUAUCCAGUAAUAAGAUGUUUAAUGGGCUCCAGAAAGUCUUCAGCCAUGAAAGCAAGGAGUGUAAAUGUACCAUGAAGUUUGGUGUAUAUCUUCCUCCACAAGCAGAAGAUAAGAAAUGUCCUGUCUUGUACUGGCUGUCUGGACUUACAUGCACGGAACAGAACUUUGUCACAAAAGCUGGAGCACAGAGGGUGGCAGCAGAAAAAGGAAUUAUCAUUGUGGCCCCAGAUACAAGCCCAAGGGGAGUAGAGAUAGAGGGGCAGGAUGACAGCUAUGAUUUUGGUUCCGGAGCUGGUUUCUAUGUCAACGCCACAGAGGAGAAAUGGAAAACUAAUUAUAGAAUGUAUUCUUACAUCACAUCAGAGUUACCAGACCUUAUUAACAGCAACUUCAAAACAAAUCCAGAUAAGAUGUCAAUUUUUGGACACAGUAUGGGUGGUCAUGGAGCAUUAAUUUGUGCCAUGAAGAACCCAGGAAAGUACAAGUCAGUGAGUGCAUUUUCACCGAUUUCCAAUCCAAUUAACGCACCAUGGGGAAAAAAGGCCUUUACUGGAUACCUAGGAGAGGACCAGUCUAAAUGGCAGGAAUAUGAUGCUACAGAACUAGUUAAGAAGUACAACGGCCCACCACUAAAUAUUUUGAUCGAUCAGGGAAAGUCUGAUAACUUCUACGUAGACAAGCAACUGUUGCCUGAAAAUCUUGUGGAUGCAUGCAAAUCAAGCAAUGUACCGGUAGUUCUUAGAGUCCAAGAGGGCUAUGACCACAGCUACUAUUUUAUUGCCACGUUUGUAGAGGAGCACAUCAACCACCAUGCUCAGUAUCUCUGCCAAUGACUAGAUAGUACAGGACAGAAUAAACUAUGAGAAACAUAGAUUUGUACCAAGUUUUAUUGGACAAUCAGUGAUGCCAUAUUGCAGUUAUAGUUCUUUCAUACUGAACUGUCUUUUUUCAUGUACUUAUUUGGUGAUUUUAUGUUACAGCUUUAGAUUUUGUUACAAAAUAGUUUUUGUCUCUCCUGCCGGUUUUUCACCAACUUAUCUCUGUAAGUCUGUCACAAAAUCUGCAAGUGUAACUUGUAAACUAGAAAAGACAUUAACAUAAAAUCUGUAAUAUGAAUAGUGGAAAACAUGAAAAAUGGGCACAUUAUUUUUGUCUGUCUGUUUGUCAAUCUGUCAAAAAGUGUUAAUUUCAUGACUUUAAAGGAUGAAUUUCAAAA